ACACCCCGGUCAUCGAUCUAACCCUUCCGGCACUGACUGGACUGGAGACUCGCGGAGACGGAGCCGGAGGCAAGGCCCCCGGCAGCCAGACGACUCCACCGCCGGCGAGCGUUAGGAUAGCAGGGAGAUUGCCUCGUCUCGUCUCCGGCCAAGCCCGCCCCCGCUCCACCCCGCCCCAGCCCUCUCGCCCCGGUGCGGCGACCGGCGGCAGGGCCUCUCUGCCCGGCCAAAUCACCCCUGUGCCCACGUGGCCGCCGCGAAGUAGACUCCCUGCCGGCAGCGACGACGAGUGUGGCAGGUUCUUGGUGCUGGAAUGAGAAGACAUGGAGAAGAAUAUAUGCUGGUAAUAUAGCUGUUCCAUUGGAUUGAUGGAUGUUCUGUAACUGUUCUCUGGGUGCUUCUUGAUGGCUCAUGGCUUCAACAAUAAGACUAGCAUGAUGCCCCAUUCUCACCAACCCAUGGCACUAUUUUGAUGAUUUCAGAUUCUGAAGCGCGCAAGGAGGCCACCACAGGUCCAAAUCUGGUCAGAUCUACAGUUAUUACAAACCAGGUAGGCGGUUGUUCCCUGGUUUAGUGGGUAAAGAUAACAAGGGAACACCUGAAGUUGAAAUCACAUCCAACUACUUGUCACCAACAGCAAGCUAGCAUACUCUCAGUCAUACACAUGACUCCAUGAGAGUUCACGAUCUGCACAAUUAAGCUUCAGUGACAACAAGACCACCCAAGCCAUGAGGUCUCUUUUACCUCCGAAAUCCAUGAGACUAUUCUGAUUGUUUCAGAUUCAUAAAUGCACAAGGAGGUCACCAAGCUCGAUCGGAUCUAUGCCAUCAGGCAGUGGUCAUUCUAAUAACACUGAGGCAAAUAUACAACUAGCCUCCCACCCAACAGUGAGACAUUAAGAAUUCUCAGAAAGUAAUGGCGGAGAUUGUGAUUCUUCUAGCCAUUAAAAAGAUUGGAACCGCCUUGGCAAAUGGAGCGGCAGACCAGGCCAGCACGUUGUUUGCAAAGUACAGGAAGCAAAUACUAGAGCUACAGGGCAGCAUGGGUCGUGUUGUGAGGGAGCUUCGAGUAAUGCAUGAUGUUCUUUUUCAAAUGGACAUCCGAAACCGCAACAAUCAAGUAUACGAGGGCUGGUUGGAGGAGGUACGGAAAGUAGCACAUGUGAUGGAGGACAUGGUGGAUGAGUACUUGUAUCUUGUUGGUCACGAACAUGAUACGGGGUGUUGCUUUUACCUGAAGAAAGGGUUUACAAAACCAAGAUAUCUGGUUUCUUUGAACCGGAUUGCUUUCAAGGUGAAGGAAAUAGAGAAAGACCUAGCACACUUGUCAGAGACAAAAAACCGUUGGGUUCACAUGAUAAACAAUGGGGAUGCUAGCAGCUCAAGUUACAUUGUCAAGAGGUCCAAAGAUCUAGCAAACAUUUCACGCUCCCUUGAUGAAGAAGAUCUAGUCGGUGUGGAUAAAAACAGAGAUAAACUUGAGCAGUGGUUGUUAAGUGACGAUUUGGAACGCUCUGUGAUAGCACUGCUUGGAAUGGGAGAGCUUGGUAAAACAUCUUUAGCUGCAAAUGUCUACAGGAAGCAUAGAGAGAAAUUCCAGUGCCAUGCUUGGGUCUCCAUCUCUCAAACUUAUUCUACAGAACAUGUCUUGAGGAAUAUAAUCAAGGAAAUUUCCCGAGAUAAAGUCAGUGUGCUAUCUAACACUGCGGCCAUGGACAUCACAUGCCUUGAAGAGACACUGAGGAAAUUUCUAGAGCAACAGAAGUAUUUGAUCAUAUUGGACGAUGUUUGGACUCCAGAAGCAUUUGAUGACUUGUCUAGGGUGCUUAUUAAUAAUAGAAAGGGCAGCAGACUGAUGAUCACAACAAGGGAAGGCGAUGUUGCUGCACUUGCCUCUCAAGGACAUACUUUAACACUGAAACCUUUACCAGAAGAUAAGGCAUGGGAUCUCUUUUGUAGAAAAGCCUUCCCAAGAGAUACAAAUCAUGAAUGUCCUGCGGAGUUGAAUCCUUUGUCUGAGCAAAUAGUUAGCAAGUGCAAAGGCUUGCCUCUUGUUAUUGUGUUAGUUGGUAGCCUCUUGCGUGUGCGUGAGAAAACUGUGGAAGAAUGGAGAAGAAUACAUGCCCAAUUAAGUUGGGAGCUAAUCAACAAUUCAAGACUCGAUCACAUAAGGAAUGUUUUGCAUCUGAGCUUCAUCUACCUUCCAACACACUUAAAAUGCUGUUUCUUGCAUUGCAGCUUAUUUUCAGAAGACUAUUCUUUCAAAAGGAAACAACUUAUACGGUUAUGGACAGCAGAGGGGUUCAUUGAAGAGAGGGGUGAAAGCACAUUAGAAGAAGUGGCAGAAGGCUAUCUGAAGGAGUUAAUUGACAGAAACAUGCUAGAACUUGUCAAGAGAAACUCAUUUGGUAGGAUGAAAGAAUUCAAAAUGCACGAUAUCUUACGUGAAUUGGCACUUGACUUGUGCCAGAAGAACUGUUUUGGUGUUACAUAUGAGGAUAAGCGUGGGGGGUCUUUUGAGAGAAAUGGACGUCGAUUGGUAUUGCACAAACAGAAGAAGGAUAUUCAGCAGUCAUUUUCUAGUGUACGCCGACUUCGAACAUUCGUUAUGCUGGAAGAUAGUAUGGUAACAUUUACUCUACUACCUAUGCUAUGUAAGGAGUCAAGAUAUAUGACAGUGCUAGAAUUAAGUGGUCUACCCAUUGAUAAUAUUCCAGAUGCUAUUGGAGAUCUUUUUAAUCUCCGCCAUUUGGGUUUGCGUGAUUCAAAAGUGAAGAUGCUCCCGAGUUCUGUUGAGAAGCUUUCAAAUUUGUUGACACUGGACCUUUUUAGAUCUGACGUACAUGAGCUGCCUAGUGGGAUUGUGAAACUGAAGAAGCUUAGGCACUUAUUUGUUGAGAAAAGAAUUAAUACAGAUUUGAGAGGGAUUAAAUGUUUCAGUGGUGUGCAUGUCCCCAAUGGUCUUGGAAAUCUAACAAACCUGCAAACGUUACAAGCAUUGGUAGCACAUGAUGGGUCUAUUAGACAUUUACGGCAGCUGAGGCAACUGAGAAGCUUGAGGUUAUUGGAUGUGAAGGGAAGCUAUUGUGGACGUAUCAGCGAGUCUCUAGUUCAGAUGCAGUGUUUGUCCCAUCUUGAUGUGAAUGCAAGUGAUGAGAAUGAGGUUCUCUCGUUGAAUGUCCCCCUGCCAAACCUGCAAAGGCUACGUUUGGGUGGACAACUGGCGGAAGGGGCGUUGGAUGAGUCUCCUCUCUUCCAAGCUGCUGGGGGGCAGAACUUGCAUGUUUUGAAUCUAUAUUGGUCACAACUGAGAGAAGACCCCCUGCCAUCCCUUUCACGGCUGUCAAAUUUGACGCAUCUAGAAUUCACCAGAGCAUACAACGGAGAGCAGCUAGCAUUUCUCACGGGGUGGUUUCCCAAGCUAAAGAUUCUCUAUCUGAUAGACCUGCCUAAUCUGAAUUGGCUAGAGAUACAGCAAGGCGCCAUGGCGAGCCUGGAAAGAUUAUACCUUGUCAACCUCAGCAGCAUGAUGGAGGUCCCACCUGGCAUUGAGUUCCUCAUGCCCCUCCAGUUUCUAGGCUUCUUUGAAAUCACCAGUGACUUCUUUUGGUUGCUGGAUCAAUGUUCUGUAGUUGGAGGGACACAGUGGCGGUAUACUCUCCGAGAUUGACCUGCCAUACUGUACUGGUUGGGAGAUGUGUACGCACGCAGAGGCUGGAAGAAAGAUGCUUUGCAGAUCAAGGAAAAGGGACGAUCUGAUUCCAGUGUUAGUAUAUGUUCGUGCCGCUGCUGAAUAUUCAUACCGUCCGGGUUUCCUUGCUUGCUGAAUAUGCGUACUGUCCGGGUUUCUUCUGCUUGCUGAACAUGCAUACUGUCCGGGUUUCCUCUGCUUGCUGAACAUGCAUACUGUCUGGGUUUCCUCUGCUUUUUCAAGACGCACUAUAUAUACUGCGCACCAUUUUCUGUUUGUGCCACCUCCAGUAGGGUGUUGUUACUGAGCAGAUUUUCGGUUGUUACUGCCUGUGUUUGCUACUCUCCUACUGUUCCUGUCAUUGUGUGCAUUUGCUUGUCAAGUGUGAUAAUAUUUCCUACGAUUUGUGGUUUUUAUAAGACUGAAAGUGAGUGUGUUUUCGUAUUCAAGCUACUUUUUCGCAUUACUUCUUUGAACUGUGUGCUGCUAAUUUUGUGUGCGCUUGUUGUGAACCCAUUUCAGCUGUGGCUGUUAAAUAAAAGAUUUGAUUUGUGAUUCA